UCCAAGGCCUGCGGAGAGGGAAGGGGGCGGGGUUGGGGCGCGAGUCUGUAGGGAAAUCCCGAGGCCCGACUGUCCUCGCCGUUGGAGCUAACUGGAGGCCUAGGCGAGCGAGGCGGCCCGGCGGGAUCGGCCCGCACCGGGGGAGGCAUUCUUCAUUUUUUAGUUCUUUGUUGACACAGCUUUCCUAGUCACUUUGCAUUUGUAUAUUGGUUUGUGUCCUAUCACCUGCAGAUUAAAUAGGAGGGUUAAGUACUUAAAGAUGGGAAAAGUUGAUCUUUGUUUAAGCUCUGAAGGAACUGAAGUGAUUUUAGCGACAUCAAGUGAUGAAAAACAUCCACCUGAAAAUAUAAUUGAUGGAAAUCCAGAAACAUUUUGGACCACCACAGGAAUGUUUCCCCAAGAAUUCAUUAUUUGUUUUCACAAACACGUAAGGAUUGAAAGGCUUGUAAUCCAGAGUUACUUUGUGCGGGCCUUGAAGAUUGAAAAGAGCACUUCUAAAGAGCCAGUUGAUUUUGAGCAGUGGGUUGAAAGAGAUCUAGUACACACAGAGGGGCAGCUUCAAAAUGAAGAAAUUGUGGAAAUUCAAGGGAGAGAGGAACAAGUAAAAUGACACCACAAGGAAGCAAGUAGACUUGUAGCCAUUAAUGCAGCUCACAGAAAUGCCCAGAUCUCUGCCUUCCCUGCCCAUGGUAAGAUAUAAUUCCUGGCCUUCUUUGUUUGGGUAGGGCCAUGUGAUCAGUUUUGGCCAAUGAGAUGAAAGGUAGUUGACCUCUAGGCUGAGCAUUUAAUUGCUUACAAGAGACCCUUCAAAGCCCUUUUCUCUCUCCCCUGGUGACCAGCUGUGAUGUUCUACAUAGUUUAACUACUUCAUCGUUCUACCUCUGGGAGUAAGACUGAUGAUAGCAGGUAGCAGAGCUCCCAGUCAGUCUGAGGUAGACAUAUAGAAGGAGAAAUAAAGCUUCAUUGUUUAAACCAAUGAAAUUUUGGAAUUGCUUGUUACCCUAGCAUAACCUGGCCUAUCCUGACUGAUAUACAGAGAAAUCUAGAAUGUGGCUUAUCCUACAGGACAAGUGGCCUGGUUUCUUCAACAAUUCAGUGACAUGAAAAAUGUUAAUCAGUUAAGGAAGUGGGUCCAUUCCAGAUUCAAGGAAAUGUAAGAUCCCCAAUAAACACAUGCCAUGUGUGGAUCUUAUUUGGAUGCUGAUUUGAACAAACCAACUGAAAAAGACAUUUUAAAGAUAAUUGGGGAAAUCUACUUAUGGACUGGGUAUCAUUGUUCAUUUUGCUAGGUGUGAAAUACUGGCAUCAAGCUUAUGUAAGAAAAGGCCUAUAUUUUUCAGAGAUGUGUAUGUAUGUAUGUAAGGUAAAAAUGUAAAAAAUGUAAGGUAAAAAUGCGUAUGUAUGUAUGUAAGGUAAAAAUAACAUGAUAUCUGGGAUUUGCUUUAAAAUACUUGAGCAUAUUUUUUAAAGGAAAAAAAUGUGAGUUGAAGCAAAUACAGUAGUAAGUUAUUGGAUCUGGGUUAUGGAUAUAUGGGGCUUCUUUGUACUAGUCUCUCUACUUUUAUAUAUGCUUGAAAUUCUUCAUAAUAGAAAAUUUAAAAUAAAUAAUGCUAUGGAGGAUA